AUGAUCCAACUCGAUCUUUCUGUGGCAACUUGUGCCAGCCAGACUGCGCUGCUGCCAGCGGUCUUGAUUACGUCCUCCAUUAAUGAGGCCCGCCCAUCUCCAAUUAUCAAUAUCCACUUGAAGGACACUUCCCUACUCACCGAGGACGAAAAGUCAAUCAUCAAAUUUCAGGCAGGCGACAAGACUGUGACUGGUACUAUUCCUAUCAUCCAGGAGCUAUGUGCGCAGUUCCCUUUUCUUGUGGGCAAGGAUGCUAAGGUUGAGAAUGAAUGGAUCUCUCGAUUGAAUUCUUUUCACACCUUGGACUUCAAAACCCUCGAACCGAUCCUCCAGCAUCUCGAUACCCACCUGCUCCCCCGAUCUUUCAUAUCGGGUUAUUUUCUUUCGACACCGGACAUUGCAUUAUGGGGUGCCCUUCGCGGAAACCGUGUCGCUAUCGCCACUCUCAAGAGGGGUACUUUCGUCAAUCUGACCCGCUGGUACAAGUUCCUCGAGGAGUUGUGCCCCUGGGCCACAUCGGCCGUUCAAUCUUUAAAUGCUGCUUCUCGCGAGAAGAAGCUUGCUAAAUCCAAAGAGGGUGCCAGCUACGAUAUUGUGCUGAAGAAUACCGAGAAUGGCGUCGUUACUAGAUUCCCACCAGAGCCUUCAGGAUACCUUCAUAUUGGACAUGCUAAAGCGGCUCUGUUGAACGAUUACUUCGCCCACGAGAAGUAUAACGGAACUCUCAUACUUCGGUUCGUCUAUGAUAUGUAUAAACUGAUAAUGGUAGAGGCUUACUCGAGCUUUAGGUUUGAUGAUACCAACCCGUCGAAUGAGAAGCAGGAGUUUCAAGAUGCCAUCGUGGAGGAUCUUGCAUUGAUGGGCAUUCGGCCCGAUAAAGUCAGCUAUACCAGUGACUACUUUGAUGAACUUUACGAGCAUUGCCUUCAGAUUAUCAAAGCUGGAAAGGCUUAUGCCGAUGACACUGACAAGGAGACUAUGAAGAAACAGCGGUGGGAUGGCCUCCCUAGCCAGCGUCGUGACCUCUCUCCUGAGGAGUCCUUGGCCCACUUAGAGGAGAUGAAGAAGGGCACUCCCGAGGGCCUACGGUGGUGUAUCAGAGCUAAGAUUUCCUUCGAUGACAAGAAUAAGGCUCUGCGCGACCCUGUGAUCUACCGAUGCAAUCCUGCUACUCAUCACCGCACAGGUAAUACCUGGGUUACCUAUCCUACGUAUGACUUUGCUUGUCCCAUUGUCGACUCGAUGGAGGGCGUUACCCAUGCCCUGAGAACCAUCGAAUACAGAGACCGCAACCCGCAGUACCAGUGGAUGCUCGAUACUCUGAACCUCCGUACUGUACAGGUCUGGGACUUUGCUCGCAUGAACUUCAUUCGUACCCUGUUGUCUAAGCGUAAACUGACCAAACUCGUGGAAAGCGGCGUCGUAUGGGGGUGGGAUGAUCCUCGUUUCCCCACUAUUCGUGGUAUUCGCCGUCGCGGUAUGACUAUCCCAGCGCUUCGCGAAUUCAUCCUCAAGCAGGGCCCGUCUAAGAAUGUGACCCUAUUUGACUGGGGCUUGAUUUGGGCCACCAACAAGAAGUACAUCGACCCAGUUGCCCCUCGCUAUACAGCCAUUGAAAUUAAGGACAUUGUUAAGGCGACUGUCACCGGUGGUCCCGCUGCCCCCUACAUAGAAAAGCGCCAGAAGCAUGUCAAAAAUACCGCUCUUGGUGAUAAAGUGGUUGCUUUCUCCUCUUCUAUUGUUCUAGAGCAGUCUGAUGCCAAAUCUUUCAACGAGAACGAGGAGAUCACACUGAUGAACUGGGGUAAUGCAAUUGUGCGCAAAAUCUCCACCGAUAACUCAACCGGCAAAGUGACACAUUUGGAACUACAGCUCCAUAUGACUGGUGACGUGAAGAAAACUGAGAAGAAGGUGACCUGGCUGUCUACCGAGGGCCAAUCUCUGGUCCCUAUCGAACUAUUCGACUUUGACUACCUGCUCACUAAGGACUCGCUGAGUGAGGAUGAUACCCUCGAGGAUGUUCUCAACUUCAAUACUGAGUUCCGGGUGAGUGGGUUGGCCGACUGCAAUAUCUCGGAGUUCAAUGUUGGCGACAUCUUACAGUUCGAUCGCAAGGGUUUCUACCGUGUGGACCGUGUUCCUGCUCCUGGUGUUCCAGGUGUUUUCUUCAACAUUCCUACCGGAAAGCAGAAGUAG